AAGUCUUGGGCACUUUUUACCAGGCAUUCUAAAUCGUGCAUUGCUCGCUGUCUGACCCUCAGCCCCAUAUCGUUGUGCCGCUUCAUCAUCUGGUCCAUCACGUCUCUCGUGAUCUUGCUCUGAAUGUUGAACACCUCGAACGUCGCCUGCGAGCUGGUCGUGAGCGACGGAUCUGCUUCAGGGGAACUCGCGCGGGCCUUGGCGCACAUCUUGCGGGUCUUUUUCGUUUUGGAGUACUUUUCCACCGUUCUCGACAGGUCGUCGCGUUUGAUCUCCUUCAAGAGCCGCGCAAAGUUAUCCAACUUUGUGGCGGAAAAGACUCCCAUGUUGUGCAUGUAUUCGAGGACGACCAUCGGCUGUUUGUCUUUGUAUUGCGGCGGGAGCUUGCAGAUGUAGACCAGUUUGUUGGUUUCCGUGUCAGAUAGGCGUUCCGCUAAACGGAGGACGAAAAUGCGGAAUUCUAUCUCUAGUUCGUUGGGGUCCAUCUUUGCAGCUAGCAGAGCUAUUUUGGAGGUGAAUUCGCGUGUCGGACUGCUGGAUGAUUGAGCGACGUAAGUCUUU